AUGACGCCACAACGUUGGGGUUCAACGCCGGAUUGCGUCGGUGCUGUGACAGUGGAAGAAGCACAAGAAGGCGACGGCACUUUUUACUACUUUCCUUCGCCGCACAUCAGAGGUUUAUGUUCUCCAGUUUUGGCAGAACGUUCUCCUGUUAUUACUGUCGAAAAGGAUUCUCGAUUAAUCGACAUUGUGGACGCGGUGCGAGGCGGUGUCGACAUGUGCUUUAACACCAACAGCUGCAUCAGCUUUGAGAAAGCUGCUUGCAGCACUAACAAUGAAACAAGCGAAAGAAGAGCCUGUAACGAUAGCGCGAAGGCGAACUGUUGCGGAAUGCAGCGCACAAACUUCCCUCGUCGUCUGCUAGCUCAAGAAAACAUCGCGCUGAUUCUCGACGGAAUUUCGCGGUUUAUUGGAGAAUCACGAAUAAGCUCUAUUUUGUCAUCAGUGGCGCAGCUACCGGCAAAUAGGUUGAAUUCGUCUUUGUUCCUUCAGCCUAGUCUCAUGGCGGCGGCGACGCCGUUUUUUACGAUGGCGUUAGCAGACCGCCAAAGUAUAGCUGUGAUGUCGCUAAGCAUGAUCCUGGCGCUGGUGUCAGCGGCGUGGCGAAUGGUCGGUGACGUACUUUAUGGCUGUGGAGCGGAUAGAAGUGGGAUAUGGGGCGUGCGGCUGCUCCUGCUGGCCGGGCUGCUGUCGGGGGAGGCCGGCCGGGGGGCGCAGGGGGGCGCAGGUGGGGGCGCACACGCCCUUAAGGCUCACAUUCCCGGCGACAUCAUUCUCGGUGGACUUUUCCCUAUACAUGUCAAGGGCGAAAACGCCAAAUGCGGUGGCAUAAACAAGGAUCGAGGCAUCCAACGCCUGGAGGCAAUGUUGUUCGCCAUCGACCGCAUCAACGAGGAUGAGACGCUUCUGCCCGGCGUCAGGCUGGGUGCAACCAUCCUCGACACCUGCUCUUCCGACUCAUAUGCUCUCAACCAGAGUCUCGAGUUUAUUCGCGCCUCCAUCAACACCGCCGAUCCGCACAACUACUAUUGCCAUGGCGGGGGCAACUUGACACUCAAACCAGAAGCUAGUGCCGCAAUCAGCGGGGUGAUCGGUGGCUCGUACAGCGAAGUGAGUCUGCAGGUGGCAAAUCUGCUCCGGCUCUUCCGCAUUCCCCAGAUAAGCCCCGCGUCCACCGGCACCGCCCUUUCCGAUAAGACCCGCUACGACUUCUUCGCGAGGACCGUACCGCCCGACACAUUCCAGGCAUUAGCUAUGGUUGCAGUAGUAGAAACGUUCAACUGGUCAUACGUGAGCUUGGUUUAUUCAGAAGGACAAUAUGGCGAAUCGGGCCAGGAACAAUUUACCAAGGAGGCUCGCCACCACAACAUCUGCAUAGCCAUCAGUGAGAAGAUACCUCAUUCAGCCACUGAACAACAGUACCUUUCUGCUUUGGAACGACUUCAACAAAAACCCAACGCUAAAGUCGUUGUGUUAUUCGUACGCGCAGAUCACGCCGAGGGUGUCUUACGCGCUGCCAAAGAGCUCAAAAGAAAAUAUCGUGACAGAUUGCAGUCAUUCGAUUUUUAUUGGAUUGCUUCCGACGGCUGGGGAGCCCGCGCUCUCUCCGAGGACAUGCAGGAGGCCGCCGAGGGUGCCAUCACCAUUGAGCUCGAAUCACGGCGUAUAGAGGCUUUUGACAGGUAUAUGCUAGAUCUGACCGUCGAAAAUAACGAGCGCAACCCCUGGUUCCGUGACUACUGGGAAGCGCUCUUCGAAUGCAAGAUCCGCAAUACAUCCUCGGAAAAAGAGAAGCUCCCCCAGGGUAUCAGUGGGAGUAAUUCGUCUUUACCCAGCUGUUCUGAAAACCUUAACAUCAGUUCGACGAAGGAUGGAUAUAAACAAGAAAACAAGGUGCAAUUCGUAGUGGAUGCUGUGUACGCGAUGGCCCACGCAAUUGACAGCGUCCGUGAAAGGGUCUGCGGGGCUCAUGGGGUAUGUCCCCGGCUGAAGGAAGUCGACGGAGGACUCAUCUAUCAGGCACUGCUUAACGUUUCAUUUGUCGACCUAGUUAAUUCAACAGUGCGUUUCGACGAGAAGGGAGACGCACAGGCACCGUACAUAAUCUACAAUUAUAGAAGGAAUUACAGCUCCGGUGAAUUACAAUAUAUUCAAGUUGGUAAAUGGCUAGGAGUUGAAGAAGGACUCGAGCUCAUGGCCGGAGACAUCACCUUUGGAAGGAGGGAGACACACGACAGGGUCAUUCCGGUGUCCGUAUGUUCCGCCGAGUGCGGCAUUGGAGAGGUGAAGAAGGUUCAGGCGGGUGACCAUUGCUGUUGGAUCUGCACGCGCUGUGAACCGCAUGAGUUCGUAGUGAACGAGUCGACGUGCGCCGAUUGUGGCCCAUCGAGAUGGCCGCAUCCACACAAGCGUUCCUGUUUCGAUUUGCCCGUACAGCAUAUGCAAUGGAAUAACCUGUUUUCCGCCGUUCCCAUCGCGGUAGCUCUGCUGGGCAUCGUUCUCACAUGUGGUACAAUAGCGGUGUUUGUGAGAAACAAUGAAACGCCGAUCGUCAAGGCGUCAGGCCGAGAACUCAGUUAUAUGCUACUAUCCGGCAUCCUGAUUUGCUACUUAAUGACGUUCGUGCUAUUGCUCAAACCGACGCCAGUAUCGUGCACAGCACAACGAUUUGGUGUCGGGCUGGGCUUUUCAAUCAUUUACGGUUCUCUGCUUACCAAAACGAACCGAAUCAGUCGAAUUUUUGACUCUGCGCGUCGCUCAGCGAGAAGACCGUCCUUCAUCUCGCCGAAAAGCCAGAUGGUCAUCACCUGCAUGCUCAUAUCCGUUCAGGUGAUGGCUACGUUAGUCUGGUUCGUGCUCGAGCCACCAGCUACGCGGACUGAGUAUCCCGAAGGUCGACGUAAUCAAGUGAUCCUCAAAUGUAAAAUCCGUGAUUCAUCGUUUCUCGUUUCGCUCGUCUACAAUAUGUUUCUCAUAACUACUUGUACCGUAUACGCUAUCAAGACGCGAAAAAUUCCUGAAAACUUUAACGAGAGCAAGUUCAUCGGCUUCACGAUGUACACCACAUGCAUUAUCUGGCUAGCCUUUGUACCCAUUUAUUUCGGGACGGGUAACAAUUUCCAGGUCCAAAUUACAACGCUCUGUGUAUCAAUCUCUCUGUCUGCGUACGUGGCCCUGUUCUGUUUAUUUUCGCCUAAAGUGUACAUCAUACUCUUCCAUCCUGAUAAGAACGUUCGUAAGCUAACAAUGAACAGCGCAACCUACAAGAAAGCGCCCACUUCAUCCACGACAGGCGGCGGUGGCGGGGCUGGAGGCGGCCCGCCUGGGCACAACCUGGGCAGCGGACACGGGACAGCUGUGAACAACCAACCCCCAACGACCUGUACAACAGGUACAGCCGAUUCCUGUGUAGAGACUGUAAAACUUGUGCCAGUUGCGACAAUCAGUCAACAUACUCUCCAGCAAACGUCGCCAGAAAUGACAGUGGCACAGGCUCUAAGAGGGGCACCACCGUGUUCACAGCCCACACAAAUCGAAGGCGGCCGCUGCUUUCAAGGGGCGAACACCGGAGAGUGUGUCACGUCCGACCAACCUAGACUACCUGGCCAAUAUAGUUCGGCAUCGCGAGCUACGCCAUCAAGCAGUCCUCCCGCUACGGGCAACAAAAGCCCUUGCGAUCAAGGAUCUACAAUGAUGAAAGCGGUUGACGACCGCGGAGGAGGGGAUUGUGACUCGAUGCAGAGUCUUUAGCAUUUACUUAUAGUCUACAAAGAGUUGGAAGUGUCCAUUUAGUCGACAAUAAGGCGUCACGGGCAGAACUGUAUCUUGUCAAUUGUGGGCUUCAUGAAUGCUUGACAAAUUAAGGCAUUGCUAAUGUAAUAUUAAGAAGGGAGAAUAACAGUCUCUAUGGGUGUUUCGGCUCGUGCAACUACUUUGGAUCUUCUACUGUAGGCGAUUGUAUAUAGGUAGGUGCGUAGGCAGGUAGACGGGAAAGUAGUGGUGGCAUUGGUGUCGCUGUUAUUGCCGCUGCUGCUGAUGUUGUUAUUGUUGUUACUAGAAUGCAGGAAACCGAAAGUUUAAAAAGCCGUUGAAUCCGUUUCCGUCGUUCUUUACCUGCAUCCCGAAUAACGCUCGCGCCUAAAUGCAAGUCUAGAACAGCCCCUCUUGUAGCGUACAGGUCCCUACAUACGUAUUAUAUAUUUUGGCUUUUUGACCAAUGGUGUUCCACUGGUCUGUGGUCUUUCAAGAUGACCCAAGUCCUAAGCCUGAUCGCGACACUGAGCGCUUUCGACAGCGACGUGGCUGCUAUGCCGCUACAGUUAUAAACGUAAAGUAAGCUCUCUUACGACAGCUGUUGAAUAUUUUUGAUGUUAUUGAACUCGGCUUAGCGCCUAUAGCCGCUUCAAUAUCCGUGUAGCGGCUGCUCGGUGCGUGUUCGAUACGUUUGAGCCUAAAUGCAAUCCCUCCCAAUCACGUCCUUAAAACUGCUGUUCGUCCACGUCGAGAUCACGUUUACGUGCGCUGCCAGGACAAACUGAGGAAAUAAAUCACCGUGGAGUCGUCCGACUAUGUUCCUCAGGGUAAUUAUUAAUGCCAGAUCAAAUCCUAUCGACGCUAGUCGGCUCAUUCAAUGUAAGAAUAAUGACAAUAUUGCUGCCGCGUGCAGUACGCCCAAAAUAUUGGUCGCUAUCUCCCAGUGCUUAUCAUAUAUAUAGUUUAAGAUUAUGCAAUAAUGUGAUCUUGGAUGGCGCUGGGACCAAUAGCGUGCUGUUAACCUUCGACCGCAGGAUAUAUUGAAGCACAAGCGAAAUCGUGUUAUGGUUCACGCACCCGAUUACCUAGUCUAUCACUAUUCUACAAUUUGUAUUAUGACUCUUAUUAGCAGGAAUUUAAUGUUACUACUGCCACGUGUAUAGAGGAAUGGGUGCGCUGUUCACGUCAAGGCUGACAGCUCUGCCCGUUCACGCCGCCUGGACCAGGCUGCUGCUCCUGGGAGCAAAGCCCCACUCUUGUGGCUACCAAUAUAGAGAAAGGAUCAUCAAUUAUAUCACGAUACAAAUAGAAUAAUGAUGAGCACUCAAGAAAGAAACAAACGACACCUUCGUAGACGACGAUUAAAAGCUUGCGGCGUCUGCCCAGGCCGAUAUCCUACAACCAUGACCUAUAAAAAAAAAAGCACCGACUUGAGAACCGGCAUUGACAGAACAAUGCGUUACGCGUUUUGAGGCCUCUGGAGACGUGAAUAUCAAAUAGCAGGAAAUGCAGUCCCGAUAUUAUUAGCCACAACUGAGAAUUAGACGGCCAAAACGAAUGGGGUGGUAAAGAUUAUGGCUCCAAUGUUGACAAUGCAAGAACACGUAAGAAUUCGACGAACUAAAACGGUCCACUGUUACUCGGACCACGUGGAGCGUUCAGAGCGUACUGACGUAGGUGAUAUAUUUACGUCCAGACAACGAUAAUAACCGUCAUCGUUAUUAGAAUAGGACUGUUGGGGCUCUCCCGGCUACAAAUGAGACCAACGGCUGAAUUGCUAAACACCGUCGACUAGCAGAGGAACGGUAUGCAGUACAGGCCCAAUGUGUGAGCGAAUCAUCGAAAUCGAGUGGCCCGGGCGGAAUGAAGGACAAGCGAAUGAAUAAUGGCAACAAUUUCUGCACUAGGGGCAACCAGCCAGCGAGACGCGUCGUUCCCGCUUUGCAACAAAUACAAAGCAAGAACAGCCUACACAAAGAUUUCGUUACUACUUUGUAGUACAUAGACAAAGAAAAAAAAAAAACUACACGAAUUCUAGCAAGCCCAAAUCAAGUCUUCCGAUUACGAAUAUAUAUUACGACGAUUAACAUCAAAAUGAACCACUGCUACUUUAACUAUAAUUACUAUUACAAUGCCAGUGCAACAAAAAAAAAACGU